UGGGAGGCACACGUGUGAGAGGACACAGCGGGGGCUCACUGUGUGCAGCGCACGGAGAAGACGGGCCUCAUUGAUGUCACAGUAAAGGGAGGUGUUUGGCAUUUGGAUUCACAUCGCCCUUUAAGUGAAGGUCUCCCUCCCCAUCUGUCAAAAUGCGGCUCCUCCGGGCCCUUAUGAGAAGUGCCCCCCUUACCAGCAGCAGCACCCCCACUCUGGUGGACUACUACUCCAAGUUCUCCCCAUCCCCCCUCUCCAUGAAGCAGUUCUUGGAUUUUGGAUCGGUAAACGCAUGUGAAAAGACAUCAUUUAUAUUUCUCCGUCAGGAAUUGCCCGUACGACUAGCUAAUAUAAUGAAAGAGAUUAAUUUGCUUCCUGACAACCUCCUGAAGAUGCCUUCAAUCAAACUGGUGCAGAGCUGGUACGUUCAGAGCUUCCAGGAGAUAGUUGAUUUUAAAGACAAAAAUACAGACGAUCCUGACACAGUCCGGCACUUCACAGAUACCGUAAUAACGAUCCGAAAUCGUCACAAUGAUGUCAUCCCGACCAUGGCGCAGGGCGUUGUGGAGUAUAAGGACAGCUUCGGAGCCGACCCAGUAACAUCUCAAAACGUGCAGUAUUUCUUAGAUCGCUUCUACAUGAGCCGUAUAUCCAUAAGGAUGCUUCUUAAUCAGCACACUCUGCUUUUUGGUGGAAAAGUGAAGGUGAACCCGGCGCAUCCGAAACACAUCGGCAGCAUAGACCCAGUGUGUGAUGUGAUAGAUGUGGUGAGAGAUGGGUAUGAGAAUGCAAAACAGCUGUGUGACUUGUAUUACAUGAGCUGUCCUGAACUAGAGCUUGCAGAAUUCAACGCACAGAAUCCAGGACAGCCGAUUCAGGUGGUGUAUGUCCCCUCUCAUCUGUACCAUAUGGUGUUUGAGCUCUUUAAGAAUGCAAUGCGUGCUACCAUGGAAUUCCAUGCAGACAGGGGCGUCUAUCCUUCCAUCAAAGUGAAAGUGUCUCUGGGAAGUGAAGACUUAUCAGUCAAGCUCAGUGAUCGCGGGGGUGGCGUGCCGCUCCGGAAGAUCGAUAGACUGUUUAACUACAUGUAUUCGACAGCACCUCUUCCUAAAAUGGAGGACUCUCGUGCCACGCCACUGGCUGGGUUCGGCUAUGGCUUACCUAUAUCCAAACUCUAUGCGCGGUACUUCCAAGGAGAUCUGAAGUUGUAUUCAUUAGAAGGAUAUGGAACGGACGCUGUAAUAUAUAUUAAGGCUUUAUCUACAGAUUCAAUAGAGAGGCUCCCUGUGUAUAAUAAGUCAGCAUGGAAGCAUUAUAAAUCCAACCUGGAGGCUGACGAUUGGUGUGUGCCGAGCAGCGAACCUAAAGACAUGACCACUUUCCGCAGCAGCUGAACAGCUGUCGUUUUCGGGACAUCUUGGACCCAGCCUGUCACUCAGUCUCAUUGUUCAGUUUGCACCCUUUAUAUAUUAUUCAGCGCUUAUAAACUGUGCAUUCUGUGAUGAAAUCUAUUGUAUGAGCUUACCCCUGCCUCCUGUGGCCAGUUAUACAGAAAACAGAUCAUAAUACGCGCAGCAGCGUAUAUGGCCGAUCAGGUGAGGAAGUUCUGACAUCGAGAUUUCACAUACAAAAAUAUAAUGUGAUAAAACUAUAUACGUACUCAUGUUUGAUAGGCUGAUAAAUAUAGUUGUCUUAUUUUUGGAAAGCAGCACCAGAGUAUGAUUGAGGCCUGAUGCACACGGCAGUUGUUUGGGGGCGGCUCGGAUGCGGACCCACAUCCGUUGCUCCGUUCCGUGGCCCCACUAAAAAAAUAUAACCUGUCCUAUUCUUGUCCGCGCUUUGUGGACAAGAAUAGGCAUUUAUAUUGAAGGCUGUCCGUGC